AUGGCUUCUUCCCAAUCCCAGGGCCACCGCGGCGAUGAUUGCGGCAGUCCUGCACGGCAGCACCAGAACGGAGCAUCUGAGAUCACCGCAUCCCAGCGCCGGAAUGAUGCAUCCCAGCCGUCUUCCUCGUCCUUGUCCUCGAUCGGAGACGAGGUCGUCACGACCGGCUUACGUGUCGGAAACAACCCCUACCCACCAAGGCGAAGGCGGCUACAACAAAUGCAACGGAUCCCGGCUUCCAGGAUUGCCAACCAGGUUGCCCCCCAAGCCGGCACGAGCAGCCAGGAUGAGUACGAUGAGACGGAAAGCGAGGAAGACCGCGUUAUGACGAGCUCGAACGAGCACAUCCAGCCAGCCGCAAGUCUCCAACGCCAACAAACCGCAUUUCGACCAAGUGCCGAUCUGGAUAGCGAUGUGGAUGAUGAAGACGACGACGACGAUGAUGAGAAUGCGACAGCUCUCGGCCGCCCGUCGAACUCGCCAAAUUUCCAGCCGCAACCGAAUGCCUUCUCACAUCCCCCCUCCCACCAUGGGUACCGCCAUGCAGCGAGCUCGUCCACCCGACAGCAUCCGCCCUUCUCUCACCCAUCCAUGUCUCAGCGCUCCCAGCCCCGCGCUCACCGCAACUUCAUGUCACCAUCCUACCAAGCCGACAACGACGCCGCUCUCCGCGCGUCGCUCACAACCCUCCUAUCCUGCGCCGCUGCCGCGCGAGGUCUCCCUAAGCGGGACUCGGAGCUCGCCGGGCCAUCGGGAACCGGCGGUAUCGGGGCCGGCGUCAUGCCCAGCUCCCAGCCGAUGGGCCUCCACUUCGUCCCGGAAUCCGAACUCAUGGCAGAGGGCCCACCCGCCGCCGCCUCGCCGAUCCCCCCACACCUCCGCCAGCCGCCGCGCACAACGGGAUCCAACAGCAGCAGCAGCGGCGCCCCCAGCGCGCGAUCAUCCAACUCCUCAAAGGACAGGGGCGCAGGCGCAGGCGCCGCGGCCGCCGGCGAGAAGAGCAAACGCCCGUCCACGCCGCAGACCCGGCCCGCCCGCGCCGCCAAGAAGAAGCGCACCGGAGCGGACGGGGGCGGCGGCGGCGGCGGCGACGCCAUGACGGCGACGACGUUUAUCAGCCCGACGGUGCUGACCUGGGUCGUCAGUGCCGGGGUCCUCGUGCUCGUCUCGGUCGUCGGCUUCGGCGCCGGCUACGUCAUCGGGCGCGAGGUGGGCCGCCAGGAGGGCGGGGCCGCAGCGUUCGGCGGUGCGGGUGGUGGUGGUGGCUCCGCGAACCUGUCGUCGUCGUCGUGCGGGAGGGAGCUGGCCAAGUCGUCGUCCUCCGGCGGCGGGACGCUUAGGCGGUUCAGGUGGGGUGCCGUGGCUAAGAGCGUGACGACCUAG